AUGACUCUCUUCUUUAGCAAGAAUACUGAGGACUCCUCUCAGGUUGCUAUCCAAGUUGCUUUACAGGUCUCGGCUAUUCGCCACUAUGACAAGUAUUUGGGGCUACCUUCCUUUGUUAGUCGGAAUAGGACAGAGUGUUUCACUGAGAUCAAAGAAAGAAUUUGGGCUGAAAUGCAAGGGUGGAAGGAGAACCUAUUUUCUCAAGCUGGCAAGGAGGUCAUGAUUAAAGUUGUGGUUCAAUCCAUUCCAGAUAUUAAGGCAAUGAUUCGGAAGUUUUGGUGGGGUAAUGGAGAGACUAAGAAGAUUCAUUGGGUAAAGUGGAGCUCUCUUUGUUCUUCAAAAUCUAUUGGCAGUAUGCGGUUUCAGGACCUUCAAAAGUUUAAUAAUGCCAUGUUGGCCAAGCAGGUUUAG